AUGUCACAUCGCCCUGGAACAGCAGGGCGCACCGGCUUCUAUCACACUAAUGGUGUCCCGGUCCUUGAGUCUUUUCUACAGGUCCACGCUUCCCUCGAGCUCUCAUCGCGUGCUGAACUUUCAGCAGCACCAGUGAUAUUCAUUCACCUCAUCCUUGUCGACUUCGACAUUUCGGCCAGCCCUUUCUCCUUGGCUCAUUUGUUUCUUCAGCCCUACUUCACCAGCGGCGGCAUCGAAUAUCGUGAGAUCGCCUACAACAUUGUCUCUGACGCGUCCGGUUACCGCAAAACCAUCUGUCAAAUCAUCAAGGACCUCAAAAACUCAUUCGCAUGGGAACGUGUGGUGGUUGGUGAUCCUUUUGCCAGGUACAGUUUGGAUGGCGAGAAGCACUAUGCUGGCGCCCCAACUGAAGAUUUCUUGGAGGGUAUCCUUAGUCCAUGGCAAUUUCUCCUGGACCAUGCUGACGAAACCUACCUGUGGCUCUUGUGCUGCAGCGCAAUUGUCAACAACAGUGACUCGUUUGCAGGAUUGCAACGCGCAGUAGUUCAUCACAAGCUCUCUGCCACAGUCGCAUUCAAUGCUGCACGUUUUCAACCAUCUUUUGCAUCCCAUUUGCUCCUGGCAUUCACUGAACAAGUCCUUGUGGAAUGUUGCCCCAUUGGCCUCGCAUUUGGUGACAUGCUGGCGCAAGCUUACAAACUCGGUCGCCACACUGAUGUCUUCUUACUGACACCACUUGUGGGUAGUCUGAAGGUCUCCAAGUUUGUAUGGGCUGAUGUCAAGUUCCGGCCUUGGGGCGGCUUCCUGCCAAUCCAAUGCCCAAGCUGUGGGUGGACUGAUUGUUGGAGCAAUGUGUUGAAUGAGCACAAAGAUUCCUUUGUAGCAGCUAAAGGAAAUUCUGUCAUCAGGGCUCGCAUCCUCAAGACAAUCAAAGAUGCUAUAGGCAGCAGUGAAGCAGCCAAAGACCCUUGUGUCAUGCUUCCUGAGAAAAAUCUGCGCAAGGCUGUUCGUGCCUAUUAUUUGGACUUCCUGGAAGAUGAUGAGGAUCGCAAGGCAGAGGAAGAGAUUAUUGAGGGAGGAACUAAGGACACAUCUGCUCCAGAUGCUGUUACUGUAGAGAUGGUGAGACAGAGGGAAGAUGAUAAGCCUGAGGAUGCUGGGAAGUACAAGACAGAAUUCUCUGGUUUUGAUGUCGUCCAAAAAUUAUUUAAGGAUGAAUUUGCAGAAUAUGACAAGCAGCACAGAGAUACCUCCAACCCAAAGUCUAUGGGUCAGAGAACAAGAUUGGCCCGCAUGUGGCACCAGGCCAUGUCCCCUGAGGUGAAGAAGGAGCUCGAGCGAGUUACAGGAAAAUGGAACCAGGAAGGACCUCCUGCAGAUACCAAGGACAGAUACCGUACCCAUAACCAGAAAAAAAUGAUGGAGGACUUUAUGGACAUGGGAAAGGCUCCUGGAACUACUGUCUGGGAGACUUCGCCACAAAAGGCCAAAAAACCUUUUACUCAGGCAACCAAAGACAAUCGGAAAUGGGCAGAACAUGCUCAAGAUCGUCUUGCCAACUGGCUUCUCGAAGGAGAAUAUGCCGAUGGAGAGGUUAGUGAUGGAGAGGACGACAAUGAAAAUAAUCUCCCAGAUCUGACUGUUGAGGUUGAUGAUGAUGGUUAUCCUUGCCUACCCACAGGCUUUGUAUCUCUCAAGCUCAAGCACAGGCAACAGCUUGUUCAGACUGUCUUUCAAAAGGCCUACGCUGUUAUUACCAACAAUCCCAGGGCUCUGGUGCCCUGGGGUGAGAUGUCGACCGAUUCCAAUCACUACUUUAAUUCAGGAUGCAUUCCUGAGAAUGUCGUCAUCAGGGAUCCUUCCCACCUGCAAAAGGACACGAUCACUGCAAUAUACUCCCACUGGAAAGACCAUGCUAGUCAUGACAUGCCGAUUGUAUGUUUUGUUGGAUAUAGGCAAGCUGAUUUCUAUGAUGCUCGCACUAAGAAGGGAGCUGCAAAGGGCAAGUCAAGGACGAAGCCUGCCUAUGUUGAAGUCUCUUCAGAUGAGGAAGGACUCUUGAACAAGGUCACUGAUGGUAAAAGCUCUUCAGAUGAAGAUGACGUCGAGGUGGAGACUCCGACCAUUCCUGAGUCCAGCCCCAAAUACUAUCUUGCUAGGGACAUGGUCCCUUACCUCAAGUCUCUCUCUACUGUCCCUUCAUAUCAUUGUCUUCUUACUGCGGUUCAAAAGCUUCCACAAAGAACAGAUUCAAAGUCAAGGAAACAGCAUCUUCCUGUCUGGGCUUCUUGGACAUGGUCUCAGGCAUAUCUGCCUCAAGACAUCCAUGAGGAUAUGAAAACCACCUCAGUUGCCCUGGAGCAUUUGAGUAACUACCAGUUCGAUUCUCGUGGAUGGGGCAUGGUUGUGGCCCUGGGACUUAGACUCCUACUUCGUCAGUGUCGUCGUGCUCAGGAGUAUGAAGCCAACAAAGCUGGAGAUGAUGUACCUAACUACUUGGGUAACUCUAUCUUGGGCAUCCAGAUGGGCAACCAGACUGAGGAAAAGCCUGGGUUGUCUAUUGUGAGGAAAGACAUUGAGAAGAGGCUUUCAGAGAAGAAAAGGAAGUUGAAGGAGAAAAGGAGAGUCGAGGAGGAGAAGAGGGUUGAGGAAGAAGAAAGAUUGGCUAAGGAAGCAAGCAAGGUGGACAAGAGGGUAAGGAAAUCCAAUGCUAAAGGGAAGGGUAAGAGGCCUGCUGCAGAUGUGGAGGAACCAUCCAAGAAAAAAAUGAAAGCUUCCCCUUCUGAUCCAUCUUGUUGUUCUGCCAGAGACAAAGCACCUCCAAAGAAGUACAAUGUUUGA